AUGCGGUCUAUCCUAUUGCUGUCGCUUCUGACCCAAGCUCUCGCUUUUCCUGCACUGUGGUCGCCAUCAUCUCGGCCGGCACAGGCUGUUCUGUCUCCGGACCAGGGUCAAGAGCCUCAGGAGUCUGCAGAUGCUCCAGACAUCGCAGUAGGCUGGGUUGACCCGCGUGUCAAUGGCGGGCGCUUUCUCGAUUAUACUUUGCCCCUGCUCGGAGAGCCUCUUAAUGUAAUUAUAUCGGGUCUUUCUGACCCAUUCAUCCUCACCGAGGAGGGUUUCCACGCCUAUGCAAAGUCCAUCGGCUACUCUGAAGAAUGCUUAGGCCUUCAUUACGGAAACAUUCAUGAGGCUGAUCUCGGGGACGGUAAUGGAAGGACGGGGGAAAUGUUCCUCGCACGACAGUAUUAUUUUCCAAUCUUUGGAACUUGCUGGGAGAGUUUCGCAGGUGGUCAUCACUUCAGAGCAUGGAAGCAGAACGGGACCGCCGCGAACAGUGGGGCGUGGUUUAUUGGGGCGUCGAAGGAGGAGCAUUCGAGGAAGCACCACAAGAUCGUUGACGACGGGUAUAAUGUCGGCCGUGACUGGCUCGUCGAGAACGCAAAGUCAGGGAGUCAAUUCAAGGGGAUCUCGUGGAAGGCACACGUGGAGUGGCGUGAGGGGCUACUCGAACCUGGUAGUGAAGGUGUAAAUCACGGGAUCGAGCAAGACGGGCGUGUUGCCAUUUUGACUGUCAACCGCCUCGAGUAA